AUGGUGCUUGGACCACCUGGUCUGCAUGGGCAUCGUGUCCAUCCAACUGUUGGCCUCACAAUACAAACGUGAGACGAACUAGAACAUGUACGAAUCCCUCAAGGCAGAAUGGAGGAGAUGACUGUCCAGGGAGCAGUUAUGAAGAUGCUACCUGUUAUUCCUUAGGCUGUCCAGUUCAUGGAGGAUGGGGUGUUUGGGGAGCUUGGAGUACGUGUACUGUCACUUGUGAUUCCGGAAGUCAAAAUAGGUCCCGUCUCUGUAACAACCCCACACCAGAUAAUGGAGGAAACGACUGUCCAAAUUCGGCAGACCAGUGUAGGGAAUGUAACACUCAAAACUGUCAAUUUUGUCUGGUUCGUGACCACUUUAUGAAAAGUACAGCUGAUUCCCACGCCUCGUCUGAUACGUCACUGACCGACAAAUAUUUUCUGAUGCCAGACACGGACAAUACCAUAAAGUGUUGUGGAUUGAUUUCACACUGGGAAUUUUAUCCAAAGGCAGAGGGCACUGUUUUCUUCCAGAUUUGGAAAUUAAUAAGUGGGACUUCGUAUGAACUCAUAGGCUCAAACCAAGUUGAUGUUCCAGCUUCUGUAGUGAACACUGUGUAUAGACAUUCGGUACCAACAGCUGACAGAAUAGCAGUAAUCGACGGUUAUUUCAUUGGAUGGUAUUGCAACACAAGCAAUAUGAUUCCGUACACGUCAUGCAGUUCCUCCCUCAGUAACGACAAAUGUACCACGGGAGAACCUUCCUGGAAAUCUUGUAACGUUGAUUCUUACUGGUCAAAGUCAUUUUCGGAAGUAGCUGUUGGGAGCACACAGACAUGGAGUUCAUAUACCCAGGCUACAUAUAGAUACACAGCCAUUACGUACGCGACAGUUGACAAUACGGAUCCCAUAUUCAACAUGAGCCUUGUCAAAGUGGCCAUUGCUGAUCACACUGCUAUUGGUACCAGCGUCAUGCCGUUUACCUUUACCGAUGUUGACUUCGCUGACUUCUUUAUUUACUCUGGCUAUCCCAACACUCAUACUUACUUCUCGUUCGAUACAUCCGAUCUAACAAUCAAAGUAAAAAGUACUUUGCCCCAUACUGUCGGUACGGCAGAGAAUGUUCAUACUUACGUCAUUAAAGCCAAGGAUUCGUGCGACAAUGCCGUCACAGGAACUGUAACCAUAACAACAUUUAAUGGCCCACCAGAGUUUUCCAACCUACCAAAUCACGUGGAACUGAUAGAAGGGAUCCAAGAGGAACACACGCUGUUUACCCUGACAGUCACAGACCCCUCCCCCGACAGCGUGACAUGUGUUAUGGAAUCCGUCCUUCCCUCCGACAAAAUGUCGACAUUUUCCUUUAAUCCAUCAACAAAAGAGUUGAACGUCAGGGCCAAUCAGAACAUUUCCCUGUCGGACAUCACGAACUAUGAGAUAUGGUUUGAGUGUACUGACGGGACAGAUAACUCCACUAGCUUUCUCACCGUACAAGUCGUCAAGUUUGAUACUUCUGAUGAGACUCAGGUACAACCAACCUUUUUCUCGGUGUCGGCCAUGAUGACAGCAGGAGGAUUGGUUGUCAGCCUGACUCUCGUUAUUGCUAUUUAUGUACUGGUCAUUUAGCGGCACUUCGUGAAAAUCAUGGAGUUAAAUUGUACUACAUUCAGUCAUUUAAUUUUACCGGAAAAAAGGAAGCCUUUUUUUA